AUGGGGCUGCCGCCGCUCGACGAGGAACUUCAAGGCAAGAUCUUGGAGUAUGUAACAGAGCCGACGGCUUGCGUGAGUUGCAAGCCCUGGAAGCAUUUCCUCUAUGACAACCUGAAGCUUGAUUCCUGCAUCCGCUUCAAGCAAUGCUUGAAUGACAAAGAUCCGCUGGCAUAUUGCUACAGUGCUGUCCGGCCUUUAGGUGAAGAUUUCGAGGAAAGCGUCGGGUUCAAUUUCCAAUUUUUCCGCGACGGAAGCUACAGGCUAGCCUGGACUAGAACUUAUGAUGCAUGGUCAUCGCAGGGCGAGCAGCACUACGGCAAGUGGAGGCUCAAGAUGGGGGAGGUGUGUUGCGAGACCCUUGAACCUCAAGAAGAGGCUUCUGAGACACAGAUGAGAUAUGCACCAGCGGGCUACAAGUUCGCAGUUCCGGUCGAGGAUAUUCUAAGCGCCGAAGGUACGAGUUCCUGCAAAAUGGAGCUCUACCUUAAGAACCCAAAACCCACUUUUUUGUAG